AUGCCAUUCAACCAAACUGGAAAAGACACAACAGAGGAGACUCCUCUUUCGGAUCAUCCUCAACGAAAUAACAGUAAGCUUUUCCUUUUCUCUUCAUGUGCUCUGCACAUUUAUGAAUAAAAAUGUACACCUGUAUCCUCCUAUAGAAACAGACGGGCACAUGUUGUUGUCUCUCGGGGUGGUUGUAUGGUGCUGGGGAUUGUUGAGCCGGAGACCGAUGCUGCUCCGCCGCCAGGGCAUGCCCAAAGGCCGCUGUUGCGUUUUGUUCAGUGACCUGAAGGUUUUCUUACUCAGACCGCCGGUCCCGGCUCCGCCACCGGCGAUCAUCUCCAUGAACGGACAAUACACGGACAGCAAUGGGUCCGGCACAGGCAAUGAUGUUGCCGCCGACAACAGCAACUCUGCAGCGAGUGCACCUCCACCAGAGGCGGAUGGUUCUGCUGCCCCUGCCCCGCCGACAGGAGAGCCUCAUUCUGCCGGGACAAACGAGCCUAAAGCAACAGAGGAAUGGCGGCAUGCUACGGGACAGACUGGACCCCUGGACUAUGGCAGCUCUGAGGAGGACUGCUCCAAAGAGAAGUGUGAGGAGAGAUUCUCCCUGAACAGUCGCACAGACAGUGGUGUUAGGACUCCCCAGUGCAGGAUAUGUUUCCAAGGUCCAGAACAGGUGAGUGGCCUUACAGGUAGACAAUAUACAUAUAGGUAGACCUAUAGUCAGACAUUUACGUCAUUUAGCAGACGCUCUUAUCCAGAGCGACUUACAGUUAGUGAGUACAUACAUUUUUUUCAUACUGGCCCCCCAUGGGAAUCGAACCCACAACCCUGGCGUUGCAAGCGCCAUCGCCAGCUCUCUCUCUCUCUCUCUCCGCUGUGCAUGUUGUGGAUCCCAAGCACGCAGGAGCAAUUAUAUGCUUGAGAACAUAAAUAAUGAUUUUCUCACUUACUCACUUCCGAUGGCCAUGUAAACGUAGGAGUACUACAUUUCACAGAGCAAGCCCUGUCUUAGACAGAGGAGAUAGGAACAGAACAUGACAGAGAGGAGAACUCUACAGAAAGACCAGGGGAAGUAGUGGACUCAGGUAACACAGGGUGCAUCUCAAUAGUCUAAAGUGACUUCCUCUCCUAAAAUCUCCUAUACAUCAUUAGAUGGAGAAUGGGAGACAAGGAGAGGAGAAGGAAGGGGACACCACUUUAGACUGUUGAGAUUCAGCCAGGGAGUGUAGUUACGGCCACAUGGUCUUGGAUUACCUGACUCAGAAGGACUCCCAUUUACAAAGUCACCGGCCCACGUAGACAGCUCAGUGUGAAGGUGGAUUGAUGUUUGAAUAGGUGCUGGUGCAUCAGGGCCAACAUAGGCUUCAUCCUUGGGCUGUGGUGAAUGUGCGCUGCACAUACCUUUUCCCAUCCUGAUCCACUCACCUCUAAGGGAAGUCAAUGGGGUUGCGGUCAAUGCUAUUUCAAUGCAGUCAAUUCAGGAAGUAAUGCAGUCAAUUUGUACAUGUGUCCUACUGUACAUGGCAUGCACUGUGUGUGUGUGUGUUUAAUUUGUGACCUAGUCCUGUGCGUCAACUAGCCCAGGGGUAUUCAACCCAGGGUCUGUGGUACUGCAAGGGGUCCACAAAAUUAGAUAUGUAUAAAAAAAUAAAACAUAUUUUUUUUCUUUUUUUUCUAUUGAAUAGUUUUUAUGAAUAUCACUAACAACAACAGAAUAAACACAUUUUAAAUUACAUACAUUCAGUAGAAAAUAGGAUAAUAUCUUCUUUCUAAUGAUGUCAACUUUAUUCCUCAACUCCUAAUAUUGAGCAAAUUAAACUCACUGGAGUAUAUGACAAUGGGCGCGUUCCCCUGCUCAGACUUUGCAUGCAUCAUCCAAUGGUUGCGUGCCACGUCAUCGACUGUGCUGUAGGGCACCAGAUUGCUAUAACAUAUGAUGUGAUUAGCUGAUAAGUAAAAUACCUAUCCAGGCAUUGUAAGAUCUGGCAGGCGUCAGCAACGCCUGGGCAGAGGAACACGGCCAUAAGCUUUGAAAAAGCACCCGUGAGUGCUGCUCGCUGCUGGUAAGCUUUCUUGACUUAAUUAAUUUCCGCCAACACAUGGCUAACCUUGUUUAACCAGCUGAACAGCUGCUAUUAGCGAACAUGUGUUUGGAGUUACCUUUCUAUCUAAUAGGCUAUGUUAGAGUUUACACUUCUUCUUCUAAUUAUAAUGUGGGGAGGUCAAAAUAAAAUAUAACAAUCUACUAAAUCUAUUUAUUUAGAAAUGUUGAUGACUUAUCCUUGUCAUUCACCUGAUGAUAAGACAAGACGUGAAACAAUUUUUUUUUUUGCUAACAUAUGAUGGGGAUCCUGGGUUUGCCUUUUGCCUGGGCAGGGGUCCCUGGGUCACCGGUUUGCCUGGGCGGGGGUCCCUGGGUCACCAGUUUGUCUGGGUGGGGGCCCCUGGGUCACCGGUUUGCCUGGGUGGGGGUCCCUGGGUCACCGGUUUGCCUGGGUGGGGGUCCCUGGGUCACCAGUUUGCCUGGGUGGGGGUCCCUGGGUAAGAAAAAGUGAAAGACCCCUGAAUUUGCCCCAUCUUCACCCCCCGUCUCUUUAAGUUGUGAAGACAAACGCCUCAUGGCCUGUCCCUGUGUUGACAUUUAGGGAGUCACUAGUCUAGUGUCUGAUGAUGCCCCUUGGAGAACACUAGAGAGCAUCUCUCUCUCUCUCUCUCCUCCAAAUGACAUCACAUUAUAUAAUACCACUGCCUGGAGUGGUAGUCACAGUCAGCCAGUCUCUGGCUGGCAGGCUGCUGAAAGCUUUUUGGUUCUGUAGAUAAAUUAGGUUGUGUCACAAAUGGCACCCUAUUCCCUAUCUAGUGCACUACUUUUGACCAGGGCCCAUAAGGUGGCCCAUAGGGAAUAGGGUGCCAUUUGAGGUGCAUCCUCAGUAUAAAGAGAGUCUGCAUUAAAGCUUUGGCUCAGUCUGGGAGCAGAGGGAGACAAUAAAAUACAUUCAGGAGAACCAGUGUUGUUAAUGCUACCUGAUGCUGUCUGUCAAUCUGAAAGGACCCCUAUUCAUUCUCUCUCAACUCAUGUUGUUGUAGCCUAACUACCAGACAGCAGGCUGCACUGGGUACACAUGCAUUUAUCUGCCAGCCUUUCAUAUGUCUUUAUUGUGCAGUAUACACCUGUUUGUAUUACAUAGAUAGUGUGGUCAUUUAGUCUAGAUAAUUGCCUGUCUUUCUCUGAAGAAAGGAACAGGAGAGAUGUCAUUAUAGAUGUUUGGGUUUAGAAUAGUUGGGUUUAGAAUAGUGCUCUCUGUGAAAAAUAAUGUCCAUCUCUGAGGACAAUAAAUCAAUUGGAUUCUAUUCUGGAUGUUUGUGUUAACAACCGAAGAAUUAAAACAAGAGAAUAAAGACAUUUCAAAUGUCAUAUUAUGUAUAUAUACAGUGUUGUAACAAUGUGCAAAUAGGAAACAAGUACAAAUGGGAAAAUAAAUAAACAUAAAUAUGGGUUGUAUUUACAAUGGUGUUUGUUCUUCACUGGUUGCCCUUUUCUUGUGGCAACAGGUCACAAAUAUUGCAGCUGUGAUGGCACACUGUGGUUUUUCACCCAGUAGAUAAGGUAGUUUAUCAUUAUUGGGUUUGUUUUCGAAUUCUUUGUGGAUCGCUGUAAUCUGAGGGAAAUACGUGUCUCCACCUCAUUUUGUGGGCAGUGUGCACAUAGCCUGUCUUCUCUUGAGAGCCAGGUCUGCCUACGGCGGCCUUUCUCAAUAGCAAGGCUAUGCUCACGGAGUCUGUACAUAGUCAAAGCUUUCCUUAAGUUUGGGUCAGUCACAGUGGUCAGGUAUUCUGCCACUGUGUACUCUCUGUUUAGGGCCAAAUAGCAUUCUAGUUUGCUCUGUUUUUUGUUUGUUCUUUCCAAAGUGUCAAGUAAUUCUUUUUUUGUUUUCUCAUGAUUUGGUUGGGUCUAAUUGUGUUGUUGUUGUUGUUGUCCUGGGGCUCUGUGGGGUCUGUUUGUGUUUGUGAACAGAGCCCCAGGACCAGCUUACUUAGGGGACUCUUCUCCAAGUUCAUCUCUCUGUAGGUGAUGGCUUUGUUAUGGAAGGUUUGGGAAUCGCUUCCUUUUAAGUGGUUAUAGAAUUUAACGUCUCUUUUCUGGAUUUUGAUAAUUAGCGGGUAUUGGCCUAAUUCUGCUCUGCAUGCAUUAUUUGGUGUUUUACGUUGUACACGGAGGAUGUUUUUGCAGAAUUCUGCAUGCAGAGUCUCAAUUUGGUGUUUGUCCCAUUUUGUGAAUUCUUGGUUGGUGAGCGGACCCCAGACCUCACAACCAUAAAGGGCAAUGGGUUCUAUAACUGAUUCAAGUAUUUUUAGCCAGAUCCUAAUUGGUAUGUCAAAUUGUAUGUUCCUUUUGAUGGCAUAGAAGGCCCUUCUUGCCUUGUCUCUCAGAUCGUUCACAGCUUUGUGGAAGUUACCUGUGGCGCUGAUGUUUAGGCCGAGGUAUGUAUCGUUUUUUGUGUGCUCCAGGGCAACGGUGUCUAGAUGGAAUUUGUAUUUGUGGUCCUGGCAACUGGACCUUUUUUGGAACACCAUUAUUUUUGUCUUACUGAGAUUUACUGUCAGGGCCCAGGUCUGACAGAAUCUGUGCAGAAGAUCUAGGUGAUGCUGUAGGCCCUCCUUGGUUGGUGACAGAAGCACCAGAUCAUCAGCAAACAGUAGACAUUUGACUUCAGAUUCUAGUAGGGUGAGGCCGGGGUGCUGCAGACUGUUCUAGUGCCCUCGCCAAUUCGUUGAUAUAUAUGUUGAAGAGGGUGGGGCUUUAAACUGCAUCCCUGUCUCACCCCACGGCCCUGUGGAAAGAAAUGUGUGUGUUUUUUGCCAAUUUUAACCGCACACUUGUUGUUUGUGUACAUGGAUUUUAUAAUGUCCUAUGUUUUUCCCCCAACCCCACUUUCCAUCAAUUUGUAUAGCAGACCCUCAAGUCAAAUUGAGUCAAAAGCUUUUUUGAAAUCAACAAAGCAUGAGAAGACUCUGCCUUUGUUUUGGUUUGUUUGUUUGUCAAUUAGGGUGUGCAGGGUGAAUACGUGGUCUGUCGUACGGUAAUUUGGUAAAAAGCCAAUUUGACAUUUGCUCAGUACAUUGUUUUCACUGAGGAAAUGAACUAGUCUGCUGUUAAUGAUAAUGCAGAGGAUUUUCCCAAGGUUGCUGUUGACGCAUAUCCCACGGUAGUUAUUGGGGUCAAAUUUGUCUCCACUUUUGUGGAUUGGGGUGAUCAGUCCUUGGUUCCAAAUAUUGGGGAAGAUGCCAGAGCUAAGGAUGAUGUUAAAGAGUUUAAGUAUAGCUAAUUGAAAUUUGUGGUCUGUAUAUUUUAUCAUUUCAUUGAGGAUACCAUCAACACCACAGGCCUUUUUGGGUUGGAGGGUUUGUAUUUUGUCCUGUAGUUCAUUCAAUGUAAUUGGAGAAUCCAGUGGGUUCUGGUAGUCUUUAAUAGUUGAUUCUAAGAUUUGCAUUUUAUCAUGUAUAUUUUUUUGCUGUUUGUUCUCUGUUAUAGGGCCAAAAAGAUUGGAGAAGUGGUUUACCCAUACAUCUCCGUUUUGGAUAGAUAGCUCUUCGUGUUGUUGUUUGUUUAGUGUUUUCCAAUUUUCCCAGAAGUGGUUAGAGUCCAUGGAUUCUUCAAUUACAUUGAGCUGAUUUCUGACAUGCUGUUCCUUCUUUUUCCGUAGUGUAUUUCUGUAGUGUUUUAGUGAUUCACCAUAGUGAAGGCGUAGGCUCAGGUUAUCUGGGUCUCUAUGUUUUUGGUUGGAUAGGUUUCUCAAUUUCUUUCUUAGGUUUUUGCAUUCUUCAUCAAACCAUUUAUCACUGUUGUUACUUUUCUUUGGUUUUCUGUUAGAGAUUUUUAGAUGUGAUAGGGAAGCUGAGAGGUCAAAUAUACUGUUUAGGUUUUCUACUGCCAAGUUUACACCUUCACUAUUACAGUGGAACGUUUUGUCCAGGAAGUUGUCUAGAAUGGAUUGAAUUUGUUGUUGCCUAAUUGUUUUUUGAUAGGUUUCAACACUACUUUCCUUCCAUCUGUAGCAUUUCCUAAUAUUAUUCAGUUCCUUUGGCUUUGAUGCCUCAUGAUUGAGUAUUGCUCUGAUCAAGUAGACUGUGAUUUUGCUGUGGUCUGAUAGGGGUGUCAGUGGGCUGACUGUGAACGCUCUGAGAGGCUCUGGGUUGAGGUCAGUGAUAAAGUAGUCUACAGUACUACUGCCAAGAGAUGAGCUAUAGGUGUACCUACCAUAGGAGUCCCCUCGAAGCCUACCAUUGACUAUGUACAUACCCAACCCAGUGUGCGACAGAGCUGCAGGAGUCGUGACCUGUUUUUGUUGGUUAUGUUGUAGUAGUUGUGCCUAGGGGGGCAUAUGGGGGAGGGAAUGCUGCCACCUCCAGGUAGGUGUUUGUCCCCCUGUGUGCUGAGGGUGUCAGGUUCUUGUCCAGUUCUGGCAUUUAGGUCGCCACAGACUAGUACAUGUCCCUGGGUCUGGAAAUGAUUGAUUUCCUCCUCCAGGAUGGAGAAGCUGUCUUCAUUAAAGUAUGGGGAUUCUAGUGGGGGGAUAUAGGUAGCACAUAGGUCUGAUCUGAGGGGGCCUAAAUGGGGUGUGGGCAUGGUUGACUUGGGGGGGAGUUAAUUGGUGGGGGUCGGGGUGUAGAUGUGUCUGAUGGUGCUGUGGUCUGGAUGUAGGUCCUCUCUGCGGGGGGUCCUCUAUGUGUAGGUCCUGGGGGGGGGGGGGGGUCCCGCAGGUCUGGGAGAGUGUCUCGCUGGUCUGGGCGGGGUGUCUGUUGAUCUGUUGCUCCUGUGUGAGGUGUUGGGUCUGCGGUUGAGGGCGAUAUCCUUUAGGGUCCGGGCGAAGGUGGGCACUGCUGCCUUGUAUAGGUGGACCUGGUCGUAAAGGCUGUUCACGUCCAGGGUGGAGUGGUGGGCCAGGUAGACAUUUGGUUUUGAUGCACAGUCACGGGAAAUACUUGCAUUUACCCGCGUAUGGUAGCAGGGUGGAAGUCUUUUCGUGGUAACAGGGUUGGGAUAACCACUUGUGCCUUAGGGAAAGUAGAAUAAGCUUUUCUACGAAAGGGAGUGGGGGAGGGAGGGGCGAGGAGGAAUCGAGAGAGAGAGAGAUCUCUCUCUCUUCUCUCUCUAAUCUCUCUGUCUCUUUGUCUCUCUGUCUGUCUGUCUGGUCUGUCGUUUGUCUGCUUGUUCUGUCGUCUGUCUGUCUGUCUGUUUUCUGUCUUGUUGUCUGUAUGUCUGUAUUGUCUGUCUGUAUCUGUCUGUCUGUCUGUCUGUUGUCUGUCUGUCUGUCUGUCAUGUUCUGUCUGUCAUGCGUAGAGUCUGAUCUCUUCGGCGCGAGAGUAGAGAUCGCGAAGAGACGAGAGAGAGACGAGAGCGCGCGCGAGACGAGAGAGAGAGCGCGAGACGCGAGAGCGGAGAGCGAGCGCGACGCGAGGCGCGAGCGUCGCGCGCACGCGGAGCGCAGCGGCGCGACGCGGCGAGAGCAGAGCGCGAGAGGAGAGAGAAGCGCGCCCCUCCGCGCGCGCGCGCGCGCUCGCGCGCGGCCGCGCGCGCGCGCGCCCGCGCGCGCGCUCGCCUCGAGCGCGCGCGCGCGCCCGCACGCCACACACACACACACAACACAACACACACAACACCACACACACACACGACACACAACACACACACAGCACACACACAAACACACACACACAACAUGCACACACAAACACACCACACAACACACACCACACACACACCACACACACACACACACACACACCAACACACACACACCACACACCAUGGUUAUUAGAGAAUGUCCUGGCAAAAAGGAACUCAUCUGUACCAGAAACCAACCAGGCGAGGAUUUGUGCAUGCUAUGGAUAACCAUGUGUAGAAUUGUGAGAUGUCUGGAACCAGAAUGAAAUUACAAUUAUGUAUUGGUAAAUGGUAGCUUUUUAAUGAGCAUUUGUUCAACACUAAGGUCACCUCACUUUCUCUCUCUGAGCUGUCCUUGGUGAUAAAUCUCUCUCUCUCUCGCAUAUCGCUCUGAGAGGACUUAAGAAAAGGACAGGUUCACUGGUAGAACGCCACUGAGGACGGAGAAGACACACACAGAGCACACACACACACACACACAAACAACACACACACCAUAACACACCACACAACACACACAUACACUACACACACACACACAACACACACACACACAACACACCACACACACACACAGACGCACGCACUACACACACACACACCACACACAAACUUUCACACAUAACAGGAUAAGAGCGGUAAGGAUUAAUCUCUGAGGUCUCUGUUCAAACAGAUUACAUGAGCUUUGGGAGGUAAGAAACCAGAAACCACAGCCCUGUCUGUCUGUCUGGAGGAUCCACACUCUGAUAGAUACAGUUACAGAGUCAGUGAGGAUAUGUAGGUGCAGAACUGAAGGGCACGUUUACUGGUAACUCUAGAGACAAGGCUUUACAUCUACCGUUCUCCAAAGCUGUGGGUCCAUAGGAAAUGGAGACAGAACGUGGCUUUGUCCAAAAUGGCUCCCUAUUAACUGCACUACUACUGCUCUGGCUAAAGGUGAUGCACUAUAUAGGGAAUAGGGUGCCAGAUUAGCCCUGUGUCACCAAUGUAUAUAAACCCUGGAUUGCAACCCUGGAUUACUGAUGCUAUGUAUUGGCCAAUGAGAGGCUUUGAAGCCACUGGUCGGCCAUAUUGGCACUCCCCAGUAGGAGCAGUCCUCCAAAGGAAUACAUUGAAUUGUACAGUUUUUCAAUUAAAUGUUUGAAGGACAAAAUUGCAUGUAUUUAAGUAUUUUUUGUUAUAUUGGGGACAGUAACAUUAGUAAUAAAAAAAAUAUAUACUUUAAGGAUAAUAUUUUUAUAUAUUUUUCAAUUUUUUAUUUUUAUGUUUAGCUCACAUAAUAUCAGUUAAAAGUAUGCAUUAAGGUAUUUGUAAUAGGAUAAACGUGGCAAAAACGAAUGUAGACAUUAAUAAAUGCAUUUCUAUAGCUUCCAAAAUAUUUUUUACAAUGGUGUAGGAGUGCCAAGAUGGAGGCGCGGUGGCGUCAACACAGCGCCCCCUAUCAGUCAUCCAGUGUAUAUAUAAAUAAUUGUUCAGCACCAUGGCCAAAACUCAGCUGGCUCACUGUAAUACAAACCGAUAGCAGCGUUUUCCUUUGUAUCCCAAAGGGGGAGCUGCUGAGCCCGUGUCGCUGCAGUGGGUCGGUCCGCUGUACCCAUGAGCCCUGCCUCAUCAAGUGGAUCAGUGAGAGAGGCUCCUGGAGCUGUGAGCUCUGCUACUACAAGUACCACGUCAUCGCCAUCAGCACCAACAACCCACUACAGGUACGGUGUGUGUGUGUGUGUGUGACUCACCGUCUCUUAGACUUGAGUCGGGGCAGGGUUUUAGGGGAUGAAGAGGAGAGCUCUAAUUGGGUGCAUGUCACACAGCACUGCAGAGAGAUAGGGUUAAUACCAGUGUAUAGUGUGUAUGAAUAGUAUGUGGUGAUGAUGAUGUAGUCUCUCUUCCUCCUUUUCACUCUCUCUCUUUCUCUCCCCUUCUCUUGCUCUCUCUCCCCCCUCUCUCUCUACCCCCUCUCUAUCUCUCUCCCUCCCCCUCCCUCUCGCUCUCCCCCUCCCCCCCUGUCUCUCUCCAUCCCAGUGGCAGGCCAUCUCUCUGACAGUGAUAGAGAAGGUCCAGAUAGCUGCGGCCGUGUUGGGCACCCUGUUCCUCAUGGCCUCUAUCUCCUGGCUGGUGUGGUCCUCCCUCAGUCCCUCGGCCAAGUGGCAGCGCCAGGACCUGCUCUUCCAGAUCUGCUACGCCAUGUACGGAUUCAUGGACCUCGUCUGCAUCGGUGAGGCCGGCACACAGAGGAACGUCUCUUCUUCUUCUUCUUCUUCCCUGUCCUCCUUCCUUCCUUCCUUGAUUGAUUUAUUGGGGGAAAAGAUGCCCAACCCAGGGGAUAACGCGUUAAAGCAACGUAGUCCCCUAUGGAAUACACCGCCCUCCUCCUCUCUUCCUCGCCUCUUUCUCUUCUCCUCCUCUCCCUCAUUCAUUCCCUCCUCCUCCUCCUCUCCCUCAUUCAUUCCUUCUCCAAUCAGGACACUUGAGGAGGGACAUAUAUGACUCCACAGACAGAGCUCUGGAGGACUCCCUCUGUGAUUUAUGAACGCUACCAACUCAUGUUGGAUUUGGGAUGUAUUCAUGUGUAACUGACAACCUCCCCCUCUUCUCUCUGUCUCUCUCUGUCUCUCUCUCUCUAGCGCUGAUCGUCCAUGAAGGACCCUCAGUGUUCAGGAUCUUUAACCGCUGGCAGGCUGUGAACCAGCAGUGGAAGGUGCUCAACUACGACAAGAUCAAAGACACUGAGGACCACCAGAAAUCCAGGCUCACGCCCAGACACCUGGCCCUGCCCAACCCCAGGACGAGUGCUCCUCCCGGGUCAGGGCCGGGGGAUGACAUGGCUUCCCCCUCCACCUCCUCCCUCAUGGCCGCAGUGGCUGCCUCCGCGCCGGGCUAUACCGCGACCACAACCGCCAGCCUGACGACGGUGACGACGCGGGACUCAAUGUCGGAGCAGAGCCACGGGGGGCCACCAUCCCUGCCGGACCACCACUGUGCGUACAACAUCCUCCACCUGCUCACCCAGCACCUCUGGACGACGCAGCAGGAGCCCCGCGCCACUCAGGUCCAGCCCCAGCCUCCGCAGCCCAGCAACAGCAGCCGGGAGCUGGUCAUGAGAGUCACUACGGUCUGAGGCUUCAACUGAGGCCUAACUUUUUGUUACAUUACAACAACGAGAGAGACAGAGAGGUGUGUGGCCUCGUUUGGGAGUUUGAAUGGAGGACUUGGAGACGUUGCUGCUGCUUCACAGAGAAAUGUACAUGAAGGGACUCAAUGCUGCCUUGGACAGAAAGAUGAGGGAGCGAGGGGGG